AUGACUGAUCGUCCGACAAAACGGCAGCGUGCAUUAAACGCCUUUUCGGUGGAUAGUGAAGCCAAAGUCAUUGAAGACAACUCGAGUCGUCACUCCACUUCAGAGCAUAGUCUACCUAUUGGUAAUAAGGGAGUUGGCUCUCAAUUGCAUUUAAAUGCAUCUUCGCAACAACAAACGACUAGACCAUCGGUUGCCGACUCACGGCUGCCCAGCCUCACCGAGUCUACUUUCCCCUCGCUUGAGAAUACGGAGCAUCAAAUGCUACCAGUAAGCAGCACCACAUCAUGCAAAGUUGGCUCUGUGGGAUCUGUUGAUGCAAGGCAAUCUUGCCAAAGUGUGGGCAUGGUUCAUAACUCCCUAUCACCGGCUGGGAGUAUCUCGGAUGGUAGUGAUGGUAUAAUUGACGAUUAUGAUUCCUUCGACGAGUUGUUUAAUGGGUAUUUUUCUGAGGGGAACAUCGCAACGCAGAAUUCGAAUUAUAAACCGCAUCGUCAGCCCCAACCUUCGCAGUCUACCCUGAGAAAGCAUAUGCAUUAUCAAGGGAAAUUUGCAAAGACAACAAAGCGCUUCUUUGUUCCAUCGAAACCUGAUAGUGAGAUCCUUGGCUCCAAUUGUAAACAUGAGGGGAAUGGUGGUAUACCAUGGACGCAGCAGUAUCAACCACUGAAUCUGGAGGAACUGGCUGUCCAUAAGAAAAAAGUAUCUGAUGUGCACAAGUGGCUGCAUGAUGCUUUUACCGGGAGUGACAAUAAAUUACUGGUCCUUCGGGGCCCUGCAGGCAGCGGCAAAACCACGACAAUGUCAUUAUUAUCAAGUACAUUAGGAUUUGACAUCCUUGAAUGGAAGAAUCCUCCAGUUACCCGAUCCCUUGCAAGGGGAUUUGUACCAGCCGCCUUACAUUUCGAUGAGUUUUUAGGACGAUGUCAUAGCUUCAGAGGACUCGAUUUAGAUGAAGUUAUUGAUGCGCCCAGAGCAAAAGGUGUCAAUUCCGGAGCUCGUCGGCGGCGUGUUAUUCUUGUCGAAGAAUUUCCAGCAGUAUUGAAAUCAUAUUCUUCUACCCUGAAUGCUUUCAGAAUAUCGUUACAUCGCUAUCUUGCUAUGACAACAUCAUCCACAUCCAACGCUCUCGGCGAAAACAAGAGUAAUGAGAACCCUGUUUCCCCUAUUGUACUAAUUGUGUCGGAAACACUCCUCAACUCAGGGCCCUCGUCCGAAGCCCUCACAGUUCACCGUUUACUCGGGCCUGAGCUCUAUAAUCAUGCUAGCACAACCGUUAUCGACUUUAAUAGCAUUGCACCAACAUUUAUUUACAAAGCCCUGGAGCAUGUUCUGGAGAAAGAAUCACACCAUUCUAAACGUUAUAAAUUCCCAGGAGCCGCCGUGCUCCGAAGAAUUUCCCAAUCCGGGGAUAUUCGAAGUGCCAUCUCUUCCUUAGAAUUUCUCUGCGUCAAGGGUGAAGGCGUUAAAGAGCGGAAAGAAAUUGCUACAAGAGUCCGGAAAAAGCCCCGGAAUGUUGUGACUCUUACACCAAAAGAGGAAGAGUACUUGAAGUUAAUUUCGCAAAGGGAAUCUAGUUUGGGAUUAUUCCACGCUGUUGGAAAAAUUGUGUACAACAAACGCGAGAACAAAGACAUUGCAGAUGAAGCCGACAGAUUUUCCUCUCCUCCCGACCGUAUGAGCCUCAGUGGUCGAUUAAUGGUGUCUCAAGUUCCUGUCAAUGAGCUUGAUGCCUUGAUGGGUGCAUAG